AUGCUACGGAUAAGUAUUGACUCUAUCAAGCAAUUCGGUUCCUUUGUGCCAGGUUAUAACAACACUAGUUACCAUGCUGCCGGGAGGGCCAUAAGAACAUCAAGCCUGUACAGUACAAUGAUCUCAGCCAACCCGAGAAGGUGCCUGCAUUCUUCGAAACUGCUAAAUAAAGAAGGUCAAGAAGAGGGCUAUAAUGAACAGCUCAUUUCAAAAAUGUCUUCACAGAAUGGAUCGAAUUCCAGACAGAAUGAAAGUGAAGGAAAGAAGGAAGGCAAGGCUUCCUCUGUGAAGUCGUUGUUGCAACAUACUCAUAGUCACAGCCACACACAUAUGCAUGACAAUCCUUUAUUGUCACUGAACGUACAGCAGAUCAAGAAGAAUCCUGGCGUAAGAAUAACAUGGAUAGGACUUGCAUCAAAUGUGGGGAUGGCAGUAGGAAAAUUUGUAGGAGGAAUCACUUUUCAUUCUCAAGCAUUACUUGCUGAUUCCGUACAUGCUCUUAGCGAUUUGGUAUCUGAUUUUUUAACACUGUUUUCUGUCCAAUAUGCGUCUCGUAAACCAACUUCGGAGUACCCAUAUGGCUAUGGUAAAGUGGAAACUGUGGGAUCUUUGGCAGUAUCCACAAUCUUAGCAAUGGCUGGUAUAUCUAUCGGUUGGUCGUCGUUAUGCGCUAUUGUGGGGCCUGUCAUUCCUCAUGCCAUUCUAGAAUCGAUGGCCGGUUUAAUUGGUGAAACGCAUUCCCAUUCUCAGUCGCUAACACAACAGGCAACUAAUGUAAAUGCUGUAUGGAUAGCAGCGGGUUCUAUCUUGGUUAAAGAAUGGGUUUUUCAGGCAACAAAGAAAGUUGCAAUCCAAACAAAUUCUAAUGUACUAAUGGCAAACGCCUGGCAUCAUCGUGUUGACUCCUUGACAUCGUUGGUAGCGUUGGUCGCUAUCACAUCUAGUUAUUUUUUCAACAUUCAAUCCUUAGAUAAUUUAGGUGGGCUUGUAGUGUCAGGUUUGAUCAUAAAAACAGGUGGACAAGGUAUCUUAUCCUCACUGAAGGAGUUAGUUGACCAAUCUAUACCACCUACUGAUCCGCGUUAUCUAGAAAUCGAAUCUGUCAUAAAAGACAGCAUUGGCAGUUUGAAAACAGACUUAGAUCUCAAACAGUCGUUACAUGUUAGAGACCUUACUAUAUUAGCUUCCGGUCCUAAUCUUCGUGCCACCACAACUUUGGAAGUGCCAGUAUUACAUUCAGGUCAGGAAGUUGGGAUAAGAUUUUUGGAAAACGCUAUUUCGACUAUAAGAGAGGAUUUACGUAUGAAGGUGCCAAACGUGGGGAAGGUGGACGUCGAGUUUGUUGAUGUAACCUCUGACUCUAAAGGUGAUUUGGAGCACUCUCAUGACACUAAAUCAACAAAUCAUACUCAUACUCAUUCUGAUUCUGCCGAUACUCACACCCAUAAACAUUAG